AUGGUCGAAGACGCCAACAGAAAUGAAAUCGAGCAAAGGGGAGUGCGCUGCAAUUCCAUGUGGUCGCUCUGGUAUGGGGCAGUCGGAGGAAUCACGCUGGCCUAUCUCGUCGCCAGAUCUGCACGCAGAUACUUAGGUUACAUGUCACUGUCUUUUCCCCACGAAUCAACGCCUCGAGAAUGGGAACUGCAUAUGACCAUCGCUGGCACAGCUUUGGCAGCCGUUCUCAUACCACCAUUUUUUGCUGCUGCAUUCUUCAAAGUGGGUAAUUUUGCAAACGAUGGAUACAAGCUAGGCUGGGAUUCAGAACUGUCAGAGCAAUCUUCCAGUUGUGUUUCGUCGAUGUGGAAACACGCUGGUCCCACAGCGCCAGCUCUACAUGUAUUAGCUUCUCUUUGUUUAUUGUUGCCAAAGUUGUUACUUGAAGGCAGAUUACUUGAAGCAGGAUUUUUAUCCAAAGAUUCAACAUGCAAGACAGAUUUAAGUUUUCUUGCUCCACAAUAUUUGGCCAAUUCUAGUCCGCAAGUUCUCAACAGUACAAGACAUGCUCACAAAGAAGCUGUGCUUAACUCUCACAUAUUCGAAGCUUUAGAUCCUGCAGUGUGGUCAUCCCCGUUCUCAGCGGAAUUUCUUCAAUACGCUGCCGCUAUGUUUGCUUUUGGCUCUCGCCAUUCCGCUGUUUUUUGGCAAUGCGGUAUUCGUUUCUCUAUUGGGUUUGCUCUACAGCAAGCCUGUGCCGCUUUGCAAAGUUUUCUGCUGCUAUCGGUGUGCGCUCUGCUCUACAAACAGGCAUCUUUGGCGGCUGAUUCGUCACAGCCACUGCCACUGUCUGCUUCGGGCGUCGCCUUGGACAGAGCAUCCAUUCUCUUAUUAACAAUAGCUUCAUUGAUGUUUCUAAUGAUGUCCGGCAGCGCUCUAUAUGCUCACGGAUUGAAUAGACUGGAUGACAUAGUGCGUAAAAAGAGGGAAUGCAGUACUGUCACACUUCGAAAAUCUGAGGUCCGUAGCAAUAGUCCAUGUUCCGGCUGCGGUCUUGUAUGGUACAUGCUAUGUCUCUUAUCCCUGGGAAUUUGCAUAACACCUUUACUGAGUUCGGUUCUAUACGUAUACUGCCCUGUAACUCCUAGAUUUCCGAGUGCUCUCUCUGUGUUAUCUACGGCUCUUCUGAUGAUGUGGUUUCCACUGUGGCUAUGGAUAAGAAAUUCGCCGCUUCAUUUUGGAUUGGCUGACGCCUUAUUACAGGCGUAUAGGCGCUACGGCCCAGGAGAUGCUGUUCUGGUUUUAGGCGGAAACAGAGCUUACACAGUGACUGGUACUGGACCGAAGGCUUCGAUUAUGGCAAUAGUCAAAGACAGCACUCAACGUGGGGUGCGAGAUUCUACGGAUGAUCUUUUGGCGGGACAAGUUUAUUGGCUGCGGGAGACGAAUGAACCUGCAAGAAGGGAACGCGAUCGCAAGAUAUCAUUUGGAAAUGACGUACGAGAGGAAGACGGGAAAAGCAGAAACGGUCCUGUAAUAUUCGAUGAAGUUGAUGAUGGCGAUUACGCAACGUUGAUGAAAUUACCGGUUGUACUACCCGAAGUGGUUGACGCAGAAGAAAGAAGGGAUCUUUCUGAAUCUACUCUGCGGCGUACUGAUUCUGGUAUGCCACACGACGAAAUAACACCCUGUUCGGACUCAGAAGACAAUACAGAACCACCUCCUCCGGACACGAGCGAGGGCUCCAGUAGCGGCGUUACUUCUGCAGCAAGUUCAGUCUGUAAACCAGCGAUCUUAGCUACGGCCGUAGCUACUGCCCCAACAUGUGAAGCUACAUUUUUAAGUUGUACAGAUGCGGUAAGUAGUGGAGCCAGUUCUCCUGUGCACGCCGCGGUAGAACCGGCAACGGUGGUCAUUAGACGUAAGCCGCCAGCUGUUCGUAUUCAGAGUUCUACCAGGGUUCCUCCGACCGAAGAACCAUUUGGAAGAUCAACGAAUAUGCGAAUGACUUCAUUUGCGGAGGGGCGUGUCCGCACAUUACCGUACAUGCCAUCGCAGAAGCCGGUUGUAUCCCUGCAGUUGCAGCAGCAGCACUGCUCCACUAUGCCUGCGCAACCGCACACUUCCCACUUUAUUCACUCACGGGCGAGUUUACAACACCCAACACAGUUUACACGAUCACCUGUAACUCAACAACAAAUUCCGAAUCAUCAGCAUGUAGUGGCUCAUCAGCAAAAUUUGAAUCAGCGUCCUAUUUCUAGACAUACCGCAAUACCCCAAGGACAUAGAUCGUUUUCACAACGGUUGGUUCAGUAUGAUCAGCAGCCGGUACAUCAGGUUUACAAAACUCCAGGAAGUAACAGACCACUUCAACAUACGACAUGCUUAAACGAGAAUGUUUGAAAAUAAAAUACCAGG